AUGUGUGACCAGCAGCAGAUUCAGUGUUACCAGCCGCACCCCCAGUAUUGUGUGGCAUGUUCCCCCUUCUGCAUCUCCCAAUCCCCUUGUGCCAACAGCCAGGUGGUGGUCCAAGCCCCCUGUGAGAUGCAAAUUGUGGAGUGCCCUGCACCAUGCCCAGUUCAAAUUCCCCAGGUAAAAUGCCAGGCUCCAUGUCAGUCUAAAACUACAGAGGUGAAGGGCCAAGCUCCAUGCCAGUCUAAUACCACCCAGGUGAAGGGCCAACCUCCAUGCAAGUCUAAGACCACCCAGGUGAAGGGCCAAGCUCCAUGCCAGUCUAAGACCACACAGGUGAAGGGUCAGGCUCCAAGCCAGCCUCAGAUUACAUGUGUUCAAGGCCAGGCUCCAUGCCAGUCUGAGGUUUCCUAUGUGCAGUGUGAAGGCCCAUGCCCUGUGCAGACCUGCUAUGUAGAAUGUGCUCCAGUUUGUUAUACAGAAACUUGUUAUGUGGAAUGCCCAGGCCAGAGCUAUGUACCCUGCCUGGCACCUCAGCCUGUCCAGACUUAUGUAACAGGUCCCCUGGUGUGCCAGCCUCAGGGAAGAUUCUCCACCCAGUGCCAGUAUCAAGGCUCCUACAGCAGCUGCGCCCCCCAGCGCCAGUCCCGGGCUUCAUUUAGCACCUGUGAGCCCCAGUGCCAGACCCGGGGCUCUUAUGGGAGCUUUCCUGCACAAAGUCGCUCUCGGAGCACCAGCAGGUGCCUCCCUCCUCGCCAGCUGCAGCCUUCUUACCGCAGCUGCUCCCCACCACGACGUUCCGAGCCCUACUACAGCAGUAGCUGCCUGCCGUCAAGAUGUUCUCCGGGCUCCUAUAACUAUUGUACCCCACCCCGCCGCUCUGAGCCCAUCUAUAACAGUGACUGUUCUCGGCGUCCCACUUUGGGCUGCUCUCAGAGAUGUGGACCCAAGUGCCGAAUAGAGAUUUCCUCCCCUCGCUGCCCCAGGCAGGUUCCCCCCCAGAAGUGUUCUGUUCAGAUUCCUCCCAUCAGACGCUGCUCUGAGAGUUGUGCCCCACGACCCUCCUGGGGUACCUCCUGCUCGGAUCUGAGACCACGUGCAGAGCCGUGUCCACUCCCAAGCUCCCAUCCUCCGCGGCGUUUGGACCAACGUCCAGAGCCAUCACUGCCGCGAAGUCCACCUGCGGCUCCACGCCCACGUCCACUUCCGGCUCCACGUACGUGUUUGCGUCCAGAGCGGUGCGUAAGUCCAGAGUUCCGUCCCUGCUCUCCACCACGGCGACUUUCGGAACCCUGUUUGUAUCCAGAACCACGUCCAGUGCCAUAUCCAGCCCCGCGUCAUCCUCGGCCAGUGCAGUGUGAUCUUCCAGCACCGCAUCCAUGUCCGCAGCCCUGUGAGCGCCAAGAAUCUUUUCCACUUCCGGAGCCAAUUCCGCUUCCAUCGCCCUGCCCAAGCCCAGAGCCCUGUGUGGAGCCCCGACGUUGUCCCAGUCCCUGGUCAGGUCCAAAUCCAAAUCUAUGCACAGGAGACCUAGGCUGUCAUGAGUCCAGUCCACACUACCUGGACACUGAGGCCCCCAUCUGUGGCCCAGCCGGUUAUAACUGGCAGCCAGACAGUGAGCCUAGAUUUAGACCUUGCGAUGUAGGCCUUCAAGAGCCACAGGGUCUUCGUGGUUGUGGAGACCAAGGAGACGUCAGUGUUGGAGUGAAAGGCGGAACCCGUGGUGGAGCAAAGGGUGCCCACUUUUAA